UGGGUAUAUACCGGGAUGAAUUGUUUGGGAUUGGGAGUUUUGGAAACUUUCCUAUAAUUCAGUUUAAAGAGUUUGUAAGGAUAACAAGGACCUAAUGGUGGAAAAUGGAAAAUAUUGAAGUUAAACAAGAACCCCUAGAAUUGUCAGAGUUACCAGAGGAAGGACAAAGCGAAGAAUUACUAAAUUCUGUGAUUGUAAAGGAAGAAUAUUGUCUUCAGGAUCCUCAGAAAGUUCCUGUAUCCUUAUGCAAUGUUAAGACAGAGCCUGAGCUAGAAGAAUCACAAAAAGAGAAUGAGGAUGAGAAGAAAUUUGAAUGCAAAAUCUGCUCAAGAAGAUUCAAAACACCAGGAAAUCUGAAGACUCACAAAAGAGCUCACAAAGCCAAGAAGUACAAAUGUGAAGUAUGCAAAAAAGACUUCCUGAGGCGUAAAGACUGGAAGAAUCACAGGAAACGUCACCACCUCUUAAUCCCCUGCACCAAACCAUUCUGUGAGGAAGCAUUCGACAGCCUUACUGCCCGUGAUAAGCACCUCAAAGAACACACUGGUAACAAAAUUCGGUGUAAGGUUUGCAAUAAAGUGGUUAAGAGUCAGGAAGACAUGCCUGCUCAUAUGCAAAUUCACCGGAAAUUCCCAAAGGAUGAACUCCUGCCUGAUCAACUAUUCAAAUAAAAGUAUUUCGCUUUUUUGGAAUCUUUUGUGAAAUAAAAUUUAGUAGAUUAAUUUCGUUAAA